UUGGAAAUCGAAUUUUUACAAAUCUUAAAAAAGUGACAUGGCUUUGACCAGCGAUCACUGGUUCUACCUCUUGACGGUGGUAGCCGGAAUCUGACGAACAGUUGGUUGUUUUAGUCAAACCCCACACCCUAAAAAGAGCCGCCUUUCUUUGCCUUUUCUCAUUAUUCAAUUCACCCACUCUGCCCUUAUUGGGCUCUCUCUCUAUCUCUCUAGAGAGAGAAACUAAAAGACACAGAAAAUAGCGAGAGAGAAAGAGAUGUAUAUGGUGCCUCCUCCGCCUCAGAGCUCCAAUUCCGCCGCCGGAGCCACCGAUGGCACGGCGGAGCUCCGUACUUACCAGACCUGGAAAGCCAGCAACAUAUUUUUUCUUCAGGGAAGAUUCAUAUUUGGACCUGAUGUGCGAACGCUUUUCCUAACGAUUUUCCUUAUAGUGGGCCCAGUUACUGUUUUCUGUGUUUUUGUUGCCAGAAAACUGAUGGACGAUUUCUCUGAUCAUUUGGGAAUAUUAAUAAUGGUGGUGAUUGUUGUUUUGACAUUCUAUGACUUGCUACUUCUUCUAGUGGCCUCUGGAAGAGAUCCUGGUAUAAUUCCUCGAAAUGCUCACCCUCCGGAGCCAGAAAGUUAUGAUGGGAAUUCCGAAACUGGGCCUGGCCAAACACCUCAGUCACGUUUACUUCGCACGAAGGACAUAAUUGUCAAUGGAGUAACAGUGAAGAUCAAAUAUUGUGAUACGUGCAUGCUUUAUCGACCUCCUCGUUGCUCGCACUGUUCAAUAUGCAAUAACUGUGUGGAACGGUUUGACCAUCAUUGCCCUUGGGUCGGACAGUGUAUUGGAUUGAGGAAUUACCGGUUCUUCUUCUUGUUUGUCUCCACAUCAACUCUUCUUUGCAUAUAUGUGUUUGCAUUUUGCUGGGUCUACAUCAGGAAGAUCAUGGAUAGUGAGAGAACAUCAUUGUGGAAAGCGAUGACUAAGACUCCUGCUUCGAUUGUGCUAAUAAUAUACUCUUUUAUAGCAGUCUGGUUUGUGGGUGGCCUGACCGUCUUUCAUCUUUAUCUCAUAAGUACAAACCAGUCUACUUAUGAAAACUUUAGAUAUCGAUAUGAUGGACGUCCCAAUCCAUACAACAAGGGGGUGAUCAGCAAUUUCAAAGAGAUUUUCUGCACCAGUAUUCCGCCAUCCAAGAACAAAUUCAGAGCAAAGGUACCAAAGGAGCCUGGAAUUCCACCUCGUGUGGUUGGUGGUGGAGGCUUUGUUGGCCCAAACACAGGAAAAUCCAUGGCUGAUAUAGAAACAGGAAGGAAACCUAUUUGGGACGACAACAAUGCUGUCAAUGAAGGUGAACUUGAAGGACAGUACAGCAAUGAUGAUGGUGUUGACAAGGAUGGUGGAUCUGAUACAUCUCCUGCGCCAGAUUUAAGUAGGAACCUUCCCACUGAGGGUGCAGAGGGGAGAGGUACCCUACAUCCAAGGCGAUCCAGUUGGGGAAGGAGAAGUGGGAGUUGGGACAUAUCACCUGAAGUUCUUGCCAUGGCAUCCCAAGUUGGGGAUUCAAACCGAAUCAGUGGUGUUAAUACCAGCAACUUGACAGGGUAUCGACAAUAACAGAUGAUGAACUCAAUGUAAACAUACAAAAACAAAAUGACAAAAGGUUUAAGAGAUGGAUUGGGCUUUUCAGCUGUCAGUCUUUGACAUUAUUUACUGUGUAUUAUCGUGUGUAUAUGAUUAUGGGAAGGCAAUGAUGCCGUUGCUUGGUGAUAUUUCGACUGAGAAUGAACGUUGUCCAUAAAUUUUUUUUUUUCUUCA